UAUUUAGUUAUUUAAUGUAAAUAGUAACUUUGUGUGUGUUUAGUGCGUAUUUGGACGGACGGUUUUGUUUGUUUUAUUCGCGGGGACUUUUGCGUUGUAGUAGGAGAAAUACGGUGUCUUUGUGAUUUACUUUUACGGACAGGUUUAAGUUAGUUGGAUUUAAUUAUAGUUUAUUUAUUAGUACAGAGGCUAUAUAAAUAAUAUCUUGAAUUAAAAGUGCCAUAUUGGAGCUAUGCGCGAGGUUAAUGAAGUGAAGUUAACGCACCGAACUCCCGGGAAACUUAAAAAUUAUGCGAGGAUUUCAAGAGAAUAAUUGUCGAUUAUGUGAAAAGACCUUCUGUUGCAAGAAGUGCCGCAUAAAACACGAAAGAAACGUUCACCAAAUUCACCCAGACUGUGACAUAUGUAUUUACGGACAAUUCAUAUUUGAAAAUCAGGAUCAAGAAUUCCUAAAACACUUACAAAAAGCGCAUCUCCCAGUAGUUUGCCUUUAUUGCAAAACAAUAUUUGGUUCUUUGGAUGAUAUUCUUAAGCACCAGAAAUGCAUGCAAACACAUACAGCCUUUAAGUCUCCGGCCCCUAUAAAAUUCAAUAGUACCACUGAUGACCAAGACAGUCCCAUUUUGUCUGAAUUAGAAAAUAAAGAGUCAUUGAAGUAUAUUUUCAGUUUGGCCACCAGCACCCCUAUGCAUAGGCCUCAAGAUUCUAGUAAAUUACAAACAAGUAAAGAGCCUGUUUUGGCUGUAACACCAGUACUACAGUUAAAAGGUACUGAUGGUAAUUCUUUGAAGAAGAGCAUUAUCAAAAAAACUGAUUGCUUUAAAGUGAAAGAGGAGAAUUCUUCAAAGAGGAGGGUAACUUUCAGUGAAACUCCUUCGGAUAAAACUUUCAGUAAAGAUAGAAGUAAGGAACAGCUUAGCCAAAGGAAGGAGGGAAAGGAGUGUUCAUUCCAAAAAUUUACUGACAGUCCUUUUACACCUGUCACAGGAACAACCACAGAACAAUUUUACAGUGCCAAAUCAGAAAUUGACCAGUUUCAUAGUGCCAAAACUAACCAAGAAAAUUUACCAGACAAUUUAAAAAGCGAUAAAGCACAACUUGAAGGAUAUACCCCUGUGCAUCCUUCCAAUAAUAUAAAAAUCAAUCCCAAAAUAUACAUAUAUAAUAAUUUGGAAACCAUGACCUCACUGGAGAAUAAAACCAAUGAGGGAUUAAAAAAGGAAACUCAACCUCAGGAUACUGAUAGUUAUAAUGAAAUAUCUAUGGAACUUACUCCGGCUAAACCCUCCAGAAUGGAAAAUGUAUCUGAUAUCAUCCCUUCUAAAAAAUCAGAAUGGGAUGACUCACCUGAUUUGUUAAGUAAUAAUCAUAUAUGUACACCUGAAGAGGAAGCUAUUAAAAAGUCCUAUCCGAAGACUCCUUUUAAGACUCCUCUAGGAAAAUGUGAUUAUUCCCAUGUGAAUCUAUAUAAGAAAUUCAAGUUUAAAGAUGGUAUACCAACUCAAAAUGACAUAGCCAAUGAUACAAAUUGUCUAACACCAACAUCACAUGAUGAAAAAGCCAAUGAAGAUCCAAAAACAGUAAAUAAAACUGAUGAUAGCAAAUUAAAUGCAUUAAUAUCUAUAGCUAAUCCGUCCUGUUGCAAUGAAGAGUGUGUAUCACAGAAUACAUCACAUAGCACUGAAAAAUUGGUAAUAGACGAAUCACCUCCAGUAUUAAACAACAAUCAUAUAGUUACACCUGCAAUACCGGGUAAACUUAAUAGAAAAGGAGACCUAUACAAGACGACUGAAGAAACGAGUGAAUCAAACAAUGAUUCCUCUUCAGUACCAAUAGGUCCACAAGAAGUAAAACCCCCACAAGUGGAAACUAAUAAACCAGAACUAACUCCAACUGACACAACCAACCCUGGAUGCAAUACUUUAUGGCUAAGUGCACAUAAUUUGGAUUCAUUUGAGGAGGAGCAUGAUGAGAAUAAAGAUCCCAACAAAUCAGAAGCUUCUGUCAAGGAAAUGAACAGUCCAGAACCAGCUCCCAAAGUAGGGAGUUCAGAAUCCCCUGAGCCUACAGGUCGUAGAGUGAGCAUAGUAAUGCCUACCCCUAUAUUAAAAAGAACAAACGUUCAAAUGAAAUUCCAAAUCCCUGGUCACUUCUCUUCUACCCCUAUAAUGUCCAAUGGAGUACUAAAAAUGAAACAAACAAAGAUUGUGGAAGAGAUAUCAACGAGGGUGUUUAAUGCGAAGACUCCUUAUAAAACCCCGGAAGGAAAAUGUAGUUAUUCCCACACAAACACUUGUAGAAGAUUCGACUUAGAAGCUGGAUCUUCCAACACUUACAGUGAUGAAGAGGCAAGUAAAAUUAUUGGAGAGUCUUCAGAACCUUACCAAGAAAUAGUGCCUCUAGAACAACCAAGUAGUGUUUCUGUAAGCUCAAUGACAGAAUCAACUCUUUGGUCUUCAAUGACACGAAUAAUGAAAAGUGUUCUUGGAGGAUUCUCUAGCAUCAGUAACGACAGCAACAUUUCAACCACAAGCUCUACUUCCUUCAAGAGGCAGCUCUCUGAUAGCGAAGACGUCGUGGAAUAUUCUGACGCUCCUAGGCUAAAACGUUUUAAAUUUACUGAUAUUAAAUGUCGUAGGCCAAUAAGAGACCUUCAGUCAAUUGGUGCACCUCCUAUGGGUCAAAUGGAGAGAUACAAUAGGCAUGAAAGGAACGGGGUUGCUACGUUAGAAAUAGUCAAAUCUGUUAGUACCCUAUAUGGAGGUCCGAGAUUAAGGGUGCAGUGUGAUAAAGCAACACAAACCGAUGAUUAUUUAAUGAUUGGAUGGGUCCCAAGGAGUUGAGAUUUUUUGGCUAAAGUGACAAACAAUAUUUAAAUAUAUUUGUCUUGUAUAUUUUUAUUUUCUGAUUUUUUUGUGAGUUUAUUAUUUCAAAAAUUUAUGUCAUAAAUUGUUUUGUUAAUAUUUUUUUCUUAGUCUAUUUGUUCUAAACGUAAUUUAAUAUAGCAUAUUCUGAAUAUC